CCAUAGUAAUGAUACUAAUAUUGUGGGGAGAAAAAGAAAAACCAGAGGCACAGCCCACAGAGAGUGUUAAUAAAACGUGUCCUUUCGACUGAAUUGAAUUGAAUUGAAUUUGGGAUCUGAAUGGUGAAGGCGAGGCAGUCGCGGAUUGGGCCUCGGAAACCGUCGUCGAGGGCGGCGUCGUCGUGGACGCUGACGCUGACGCUGCUGGUCACGUGCUCCUUCCUCAUUCUCAUUCUCCUCGCUCUCCGCAUUUUCUCCAUUCCCAAUGAUCAUUCUGGACUCUCCAAGCCCAACGAUCUCAACAACAUUGCUCGCAACACUCACAUCACCGAAGGUGAUCUUCACGAUGGGGAAGGCCGGUGGGUUGAGAUAGUAUCGUGGGAGCCAAGAGCUUUUCUCUAUCAUCAUUUUCUGACCAAGGAGGAAUGCGAAUAUCUAAUUAAUACGGCCAAGCCAAACAUGCAUAAGUCAACCGUUGUUGAUAGUGAAACUGGAAAGAGUAAAGACAGCAGAGUACGGACAAGCUCUGGUACUUUCCUAGCCAGAGGACGUGAUCAAGUUGUGAGGAAUAUUGAGAAAAGAAUUGCUGAUUUUACUUUUAUACCUGUAGAGAAUGGUGAAGGACUUCAAGUUCUUCAUUAUGAAGUUGGGCAAAAGUAUGAGCCUCACUUUGACUACUUUAUGGAUGCCUUUAACACUAAGAAUGGGGGUCAGCGCAUAGCAACAAUGCUGAUGUACCUUUCAGAUGUUGAAGAAGGGGGUGAGACAGUGUUCCCAGAUGCAAAGGGAAAUUUCAGCUCUGUGCCUUGGUGGAAUGAGCUUUCUGAAUGUGGGAAAAAAGGACUUUCAAUUAAGCCAAAGAUGGGUGAUGCUUUACUUUUCUGGAGUGUGAAGCCUGAUGCAACUUUGGAUCCAUCGAGUUUGCAUGGUGGUUGUCCAGUGAUCAAGGGUAAUAAGUGGUCAUGUACCAAAUGGAUGCGAGUCAAUGAAUACAAAAUUUAAAUAGGCAUCAAAAUAGGCUUAUAUUGAGUUUUACAUGUCAAUAUUACACUAAAGUGAUUGUGACUCGGUGCCAUAUUUGCAUGAUAAUGCUUUCAGGGGUGGAAGGAAAAUGUUGUUUACAGCAUGUUGCCGCACCCUGUAAUUUUGGAUGUUCUAUAUACCUCAAUUCUUUGUCAUACGUACCCUUAACGGUUAUAUUACUAAUGGAGAUUAAUAAAUUUUUAUAGAUUUGUAGAUUUGCAUUAGGGGUGGAAGAAACUAUAUGAAACCAAUAGAUGGAAUGAGUAAAUAUAUAUGCCACAGGCUUUU